AUGAAGUCCACCCACACAAACAAACCCCUCCACCUCCACCACCUCCACCACCUCCCCACCCUAAUCUGGCACUUCACCGAAAGCAACAUCCCAACCUUCGUCCUCCCCAACUCCGCCUUCGGCUUCCUGGGCGCCCUCUCCGGCCCAGCCCUAACCACCUCCCCCACCCCCCCCACCCUAUCCACCCUCCUCCCCCGCCUGCCCCUCCUAAUCCUCUUCAACUGGGCCCUAGUCUUCAUCUUCGACCUCUCCAACCAACGCCUCCCCGAAUCCAUCCACGAAGACCACCUCAACAAACCCUGGCGCCCCCUCCCAACAAACCGCAUAACAGCGGACCAAACCCGCCGUCUCCUCCUCAUCACCAUCCCCAUCGUCCUAGGCAUCACCUACACACUAGACGUAUGGCAAGAAACCUGCCCCAUCCUGACCCUCACCUGGAUGUAUAAAGACUGA